CUACCAGGUCUCGCCCCGCCCCCGUUCCCGGGUUCCCGCGUUCCCGCGCGCAGCGAAGAUGGCGGCGGCUGCUGGAAGGUUACUCCGGGCUUCGGUUGCCCGACACCUGAGCGCCUUCCCAUGGGCUGUUUCUGCCUCUGCGGCCCUAAGACCUGCCACUUCUGGAAGAACUUGCUUGACCAAUGCUUUGUGGUCAGCCUCGGGACAAGCCAAAUACACCUUUAGCACCAGCUCCUCGUACAGUGCUCCCGCCGUGACCCAGCACGCGCCCCAUUUCAAGGGCACAGCCGUGGUCAACGGAGAGUUCAAAGAAAUCAGCCUGGAUGACUUCAAGGGGAAAUACUUGGUGCUCUUCUUCUACCCUUUGGAUUUCACCUUUGUGUGUCCUACAGAGAUUGUGGCUUUCAGUGACAAAGCUAAUGAGUUUCACGACGUGAACUGUGAGGUCGUCGCGGUGUCGGUGGACUCACACUUCUGCCAUCUGGCCUGGAUAAACACACCCCGGAAGAGCGGCGGUUUGGGCCACAUGAACAUCAUGCUGCUGUCGGACCUGACGAAGCAGAUCUCCCGAGACUACGGCGUGCUGCUGGAAGGGCCCGGGCUCGCGCUGAGAGGCCUCUUCAUCAUCGACCCCAAUGGAGUCAUCAAGCACCUGAGCAUCAAUGAUCUCCCCGUGGGCCGCAGCGUGGAAGAGACCCUGCGCCUGGUGAAGGCGUUCCAGUUCGUGGAAACCCACGGAGAGGUCUGCCCCGCCAACUGGACGCCGGAUUCGCCUACGAUCAAGCCGCACCCGACGGAUUCCAAAGAGUACUUUGAGAAGGUGAACCAGUAGCCCCCACGGACCCCGCAGCUUCUCCCGCCACCACGGAACCGCAGUCGCGACAGCAUUCUAGAGGUUUAUCCAGGAAUCCCGCGCUAUGUUUCUGUAAUUAAUACUGCUUGAGUUUUUUUUUUUUUUUUUUUUCUCGGUCUUGUCUUGCCUAACGGGGAUUGAGCCUAGGUCUUGUGUUUGCCUGACCGCUAAGACCCAGCCCCGGGCAGGUGCAGGCUUCAUAAUCUUGGCGGGUAACAAGACGGAUCCCGUGCCGCUGGGGUGCCUGCUUCUCCCACUCUGUGGGUCACGCCCUCAGUGGGAGAGGAGAUGCUCUUCCCUGGCCUGCCCGAGUCUGUCCCGGCCAGACACAGCCUCGGAGGCCUCUGAUCAAGUCCUGAAAUUGUCUUCUUGCACCUCUUCUUCUUUAUGUAAAGCUGCAUUUUCUUUAAUCAAUGUUAGCACCAGUAGUUGGACUUUCGCAAUGAAUGUUUAUGUGAUCAAAACAAAUGUGAAUCAUGUUUUAGAGAAACACAGUGGCAGAGUGACUCUACUGACCUUGCAUGUUGCCACCGCUGAGCGUUUAUCUAGGCAUUUUACUUACUUUGUUAACCGACUUACCAUGUAUUUCUAGCUAUUGAUUGAGUAUAGUUAUCAAAGAUAUUUAUUGAAUCCAGGGAUUAUAUUUGAAAUCAUUGUAAUUAUUUUCUUUCCUGAAAAAUAAACAUAUAGUGAAAAAAUAAAGAUAUUUUAAAAUA